AUGGAGACCCCCUUCCCAUCCGCCACCCGGGAAGACGCGCCUAGUAGGAGAUUGACAACUCCCCUAGGAACCGUAUAUCAUAUCAACACUGAGGAGCUGGUUCAGGGACUACGUCUGCAGUGUGCCAAGAACAAGAAACAUGCCAACAAUGGAUAUCGCCUGGAGAAACAAAUGCGCUACAGCCGUACCAAGAAAAUGCCUUUGGAAUUCACCGCUGCCGAUCGCAUCUACUUCGAUAAGUCCAUCAAUUUGGCUGCCUGCAUGAAGGAGAAUUUCCAAGAUGAACUUGAAUCGUUGGACUUCAGAACCAAAGCCGAAGAGGGGCGCAUGGAAAUCAACAACAUUAUUGCAAAUGUAACACGCAACGAAAUCCCCGAAAUGUUAAAUCCUUGUGAUGUUACCUCCGACAAUCAAAUGAAUUUGGAAUUGGUACCGAUUCUACGCAAAUUGGGCAUAAACAAUCUGUUUGAGCAUAUCGCCAACUUGAGUGGCUUCUCCACGGAAACAAGCUUUAUGUUUGCCAAAAUCAAGGUUGAUGAGGAGGGCAGUACUGCUGCAGCAGCCACAGUUGUUUUCAGUUUCCGUUCAGCACGUGCCGCCGAACCAACCAAAUUCGAAUGUAAUCAUCCAUUUAUGUUCCUGAUCUAUGAUAAUACCGCCAAGGCUGUACUCUUCACAGGCAUUUAUCGUGAUCCCAAAACACAAAAGUAG